AUUUUUUUCCUGUAUAGAAUUGAGUCAGUUUGUCAACAGGCUGCGAGACAACGAACAGUCUGACGGUCCACUAAAAGGACACUUUUGUACACAUUGUCGUGUUGGAGGGAAUUAAGUAGAUUCUGGGUUUUGUUUUUUUCCCCCCGACGGAUCGGGAAACCAAAUAAAGUUGCCUUCCCACGAAUUCCCACCACCCCCCGAAUAUCGUGUGAAACGAGGCUCCGCCGUGGGGAUGGUGUGUGUUCUUCGCUGGAUUGAAUGGCGCUGAGAAUGCACAGUAAGCACUUUGCCAGUAAAUGUAAACUCAUUAUCGAUCCGUCUCAUGAGCUACUAAAGGCCCACAUGAGGACAAAGUCCAGGUAGAGCAAGGGAGAGCGAGAGGGGAAGGAUAGUUGAGAAGGAGCCAGGACCAUACAAGCAAAGCCUUGCUGGAAUCCACAAUGACAUAAACAAAGUGGUAGGACUGCAAUGACUCGCCAGCCCCCCAACCAUGCAGACAUCACUUACUCUACAGACAAAGUGCCCCCUGUGUUGGCCCCCAAGCUCCAAGUCCAGAGAUCAGAUUCAGAUCAGACAAUUACUAUUCACUUUUCAGCUGUUGGGAAGGAGGAAGAGAAUGAGGAGGAAGAACUGUACACAACAUCUGUCUCCUCCACAUCUACCACUCAAGAUGAAUCAAAUAUUGUGACAGGCAUUGAAGCAAGUGAGGAGAUGUUUGAAGCAGCACAAUUGAACUCUUCAGCCGAGGAUGCACUGAUACCCAAAUUUCUUGGACAUUCUCCACUUUCUACUUCUCUGGCAAACAGUUCAACGAAAACUUCAUUACCACAAAAGGGCUCAAAGUCUAAUUCAACACCAACUAAAUCUUUGAGUUUUCCUCCUAACGACAAGCCCGUUUCAAAUAUGGUUAAAUCCUUGUCCUCUGAAAUUGAGUCUAAGGAUGGAGGCCCUUCUUUUAGUGCCCCCACAGUAAGACAUAAACAUCUAAUGAAAUCUCUGGUGAAAUCCUUAUCUUUAGACACACCUCAGGACUCGUCCACACUCUCCCGCCUUUCAGAGACUCGCCUUAAUCUGCAAAUGUUCAAGCAAUUCACUCAGUCACGGUUGCAGACUGCUUCAGCUGCGGCAUCAGCUGAUGAUUUAAAAACUGCUCCUACUUCUCUAUUUACCUCACCAGAUAGCCGCAGCUUCUUUAACGUCUCGGAGGUUGAAGCACGAUUUGAAGACACUAAGCGCCGUCUGUCCGAGGCUAUCUAUGAACCACUUCAAAUCCUGAGUAAGAUCAUUGAUGAAAAGAGCAGUAGCAGCAGUCUCAGUAGACCAAAGGCUCUGUCUGCUAGUGCCUCUGAGCCCUAUAACCUGACUUCUGCCAUUGGCCCCCUGGAAAGCAACAACAACUACUGCAUUAAGGAGGAAGAAGGCAGUGAUGUGGAGGGUGAAAGCCCAAAUAGUGGAACCUCUGGCCUAGCUGAAUCUCAUGUGGCACUUCCUUUCGACACGAAGAGCCCAAAUAAAUCAUCAUCAUUACCCAUAUCUUUGGACAAUUGUUCCAUGUCGGCUCUUGCUAAACAGGAGGAUGAGGAGUUUUGUAUUUUGUACAGUGAGGAUUUUGAAAGUUACACUGACACUGAACUAGGAACUGGUAAUCAAACUAAAGUGCCUUUAAGUUGUAGUACUGAAUCAUGCGGCGAGAUUGAAUCAGAAAGUAUUGUGCCAGCACCGAGUGUUCCACUCUAUACUCUUUCCAUCCUUACAAUACUGGUUUAUGGGUAUUUUAUAUUGCCCUUGCCGGACUACAUUGGAGGACUGCUGCUUGGAGUGGCAUUUGGAUUCUUUGUUGCCAUUGGGGUUGUGUGGCUGACAGGACCAAAACCUUCUAACAGGUUACUACGGCUUUCCAAACGUCAUAAAAAACGGUGGAAUCUUGCAAAGUUGGACAUUGAAGAACCUGCAAUCUUCAGGGGCUGGAUGAAUGAGAUGAUAAACUACGACCCUGAAACCUACCAUGCCACAUUGACGCACUCUGUGUUUGUUCGCCUGGAGGGCUCCAUCAUUCGCCUGUCUAAACCCAACCACAAUAUCGCACGGCGUGCCACGCACAGCGAGUCAAAACCUGAUGUCACGUACAUCAGUCAGAAGAUUUACGAUUUAGCUAAUAGCAAAGUAUGUCUCGUGCCUCAGGGCCUGGCCAGGAAAAGAAUAUGGAACAAAAAGUACCCCAUCUGUAUUAAGCUUGGAAAACAAGAUGAUUUCAUAUCCAAGGCUGAAGGGGAGGCCAGCAAGGGCUUUACAGCAAAGAACAAAAGUGAAGGACCAGGAGGCGCUCAAGAGCCAGCCCGCUCAACCUCUUCAAAUAGAGACCUAACUCUCUAUCUGUUUGGAAGAACUGGGAGAGAGAAGGAGGAGUGGUUCCAGAGGUUUAUUUCAGCUUCAAAUCUCAAGGAGGAUUUGAAAAAAGUUGCAAAUCCUGCAGCGACUCAAAGUGCUCCGAGCUCUCCCAGUUGCGGCAGUAGCCGUAGCAGUCUGGAUGAUGCCCUGGCACCUAUGACAAAAGACUCUCCAACCGCAGACAGUGACAAGGCCAAGCUGUUGGACUAUAGUGUCUAUAUGGCUUCAUUAUUGCCAAAACAAGAAGCAGUCACCUCCCCUGUUAGCAACUCUGAGCUUAGCAGUCCCCAGAGCAGCCCCGGAACUGACAAAAAGCUUCAAAGUUCCAGCUCAGUGCACAAGCAGCUCAAGGAGGAAGAGGAUCCAGUUGCCUGGGUGAACGCAGUUCUUGGUCGAGUCCUCUGGGAUUUUCUGCGUGAGCCUUACUGGUCUGAAGUGGUCUCCAAGAAAAUUCAGAUGAAACUUAGCAAAAUACGGUUGCCUUACUUCAUGAACGAGCUAACACUGAAAGAACUGGACAUGGGUGUGGCCACACCUAAGAUCCUUGGAGCAUCCAGUCCUUCUAUUGACUACAAAGGUCUGUGGUUCGACUUGGACAUUUCCUACAGUGGGUCCUUCCUGAUGACCCUUGAAACCAAGAUGAAUCUGAUUCGCCUGGGCAAAGAAGGAGAAAGAAGUUUAGGCGAAGAUGGAUUCAGACCUCGAACUUACUGCCUGGCUGACAGUGAUGAGGAGUCUUCCAGUGCAGGCUCCUCAGAUGAGGAAGAUGCCUCUGAGCAAUCAAAUGAAACCAGUGGAGCAGAAGGUUUGGUUGGAGGCCACAAACCCAGCAAGAUCAUGCGCUUUGUCGACAAGAUUGCCAAGUCCAAAUACUUCCAGAAAGCCACAGAGACAGAGUUCAUCAAAAAGAAGAUGGAGGUGGUCUCCAAUACACCACUUCUCCUCACUGUUGAAGUACAAGAACUCCAAGGAACACUUGCUGUCAAUAUACCACCCCCACCAACUGACAGGAUUUGGUAUGGCUUUAGGAAGCCCCCUCACUUGGAACUGAAGGCACGACCUAAACUGGGAGAAAGAGAAGUCACUCUGGCUCAUGUCACUGACUGGAUCGAGAAAAAACUGGACCAAGAGUUUCAGAAAGUUUUCGUCAUGCCAAACAUGGACGAUGUGUGGCUGACCCUCAUGCAUUCAGCCAUGGACCAACGCACUGUGGUUUGACCGUUAGCUCGGCCCACAAGUCACCCACAGCCUUACCGCACCAGCUCGCCACAAAGAACGUCUGUUUCCCAAAAUGGACGUUGGAGCCAAAGUGUGUCAAUGAACAACAUAAAUAUAGGCCAAUAUAAGAGGUAAUUAAAUAAGGUACUCAAGGAGACACUAAAGAGAAUGUAUAAUCUGCUGCUCUAGUCUAACCAUUGUCAUAACAGUAUAACUCAAUUAAUUAUGAAGGAUGUAAAUACAAGGGCUUGGUGUUACCUUGUGGGCGAUUCAUGAAGUGCAUUACGUCCUGCGGUCAAGGAAGCAUUAGCUAGAAACCUUAAGGCCUGCACAUAACACAACUCUGCUGAGGCCGCAGAAAGCGAGAGCACGGCAGGUGUUGAGGGUUACUAAUAUGUACGCAGGUAAAAGCUUCGGUUGUUGAUGAUCAGUAUUCAUAACUGAAUCCAUGUUUGUAUGGAAAUGAUGCUCAAAAGCACAUUAGUUACAAAUAGUAUAAUUUAUUAUUACGUACAUUCCAUACACAUACCAGUCCCUCCAGGAAUUUGCCAUGUUGCGAUUAGCACAAAUUCAACCAAUGUCCGCGAAUGAUGCGUAGCUUCGUCCAUUAUUCUAAUAUCCCCGCACAUUUUUGAAAAUCAAAUUUGUCUCUGAGCGGCACUCAUGCGCAAAUCAGCUGUCUAAUAAAACGUAUGUUUGUCUUUGGUGGAGGCACAACAACAUAUAACAAUAAAUCAACCUUUAUUGAUCAAACUACAAUAUUUCUCCGACUCCUGCGUAGCUAAGACCUACUUUUUAUUCCUGUGUCUACAGCACUAAGCCUUUUGAGUAAUGUACAGUACAGGCCAAAAAUUUGGACACACCUCCUGUUUCAAUGUGUUUUCUUUAUUUUCAUGACUAUUUACAUUGUAGAU